AGGUCUAAAGCAAUUGCCUAUAAAUUACCUCAGAUUGUUCUUAUCGGACCAGUACGUUUUUGACAGCAGGCGGUCAGUGCGUCUCCGCGAAAAUGAAUUGCUUCUUAGCGAUAACGUGUCUUUUGGCUGUGACGGCAUCUACAAAGGCCGAUGGGGGAGUCGGAUUGGAGGGGCUCGUUUAUGCCCCUGGACACGCUUCUGCCGAUUAUUAUGCGUAUCCAAGGUAUGCAUUUGAAUACGCAGUGAAAGAUCCUCACACAGGAGACAACAAAGCGCAGUGGGAGAAGAGAGACGGAGACGUAGUCAAAGGUGCCUACUCAUUGGUAGAGCCUGACGGUAGCCUUCGAGUAGUAGAAUACUGGGCUGACGACAAGUCCGGCUUCAACGCGGUCGUGAAGCGCGUUGGUCCCAACCUGCACCCCGUGGUAGCGCCCGCCCCGAUCUACAAAGCACCCAUCCCAGUUCUGGAGAGCCACGGACCAAUCGCGCCGAUCUCCGUUGGACCCAUAGCGAAAUACCACGGCCUGGCCAGCGCUCCACUUAUCUCAGGACCAGUCGGGCCAGUCUUGGGAGGACACGCCAUUUCCUCUGCGGCUGUGUACAAGCCAGCUUCAGUCCCGAUCAUCAAAGCUCCAGUAGCCCCUAUUCUAUCCGCGCCCAUAUUGCCCGCUCCGAUUGCCCACGCUCCGAUAGCUCCCGUCCCGAUCGGUCACGGACCUAUUCUAGCGCCGGCACCAAUUUACAAAUCAGCACCGGUGCUCGCUCCUCUGCCGGGACCUAUCCUAUCUGCGCCUUACGGUUUAUCAUCCCUAGGCGGCUGGGGAGGUCUCUACAAGGGCGGUUUGGGAGCUGGCUACCUGGAUGACCUAGGUCACGGUCUGCUGAACAAGGCAGGUCCCAUUCUACCGCCACUAGAUCUUGGCUACGGCCCCGUCCUGGGAUACAAACACUAA